ACCCACCGUACCCACAAACCCUAUUUCUUCUUCCUCAGACCCUGUUUCUCCUAAUCCCCUUCUCCUUUCCCGUUUCACCCACAACCACCACAACCCAGCAGGCAGCAGCAGCAGCACCACCCACAGCAACCGCAAACUCUCUGGAUCGAAGAAGAGCCUUUCUCUUUCUCAGUGUAUCCGAGUUCCUUCCUUCCUCGCCUAUCCAAGUUCCUUCCUUCCUGUCUUCCUCUCCUCACAGAACGUCGCUGCUUCAGUUGAGAGAAUAGAAGAUAAGAGAAGAAGAAAAGAGAAGCAGAAAUGUCGGAACGAUUGACGCGUAUAGCGAUUGUGAGCUCCGAUAGGUGCAAGCCCAAGAAGUGCCGCCAGGAAUGCAAAAAAAGCUGCCCUGUUGUUAAAACCGGAAAACUCUGUAUUGAGGUUACUACUGCAUCGAAGAUUGCUUUCAUCUCUGAGGAAUUGUGUAUUGGAUGUGGUAUCUGUGUCAAGAAAUGCCCGUUUGAAGCUAUUCAGAUCAUCAACUUGCCAAAAGAUCUGGACAAAGAUACAACCCAUCGCUACGGCCCUAACACUUUUAAAUUGCACAGGUUACCAGUCCCGAGACCUGGGCAAGUUCUUGGCCUGGUUGGAACUAAUGGCAUUGGGAAGUCCACUGCCCUCAAAGUUUUGGCUGGAAAACUGAAACCAAACCUCGGUCGCUUCCAUAAUCCUCCAGAUUGGCAGGAAAUCUUGACAUACUUCCGAGGAUCUGAGCUGCAGAAUUAUUUUACACGUAUUCUUGAAGAUAAUUUGAAGGCCAUUAUAAAGCCCCAGUAUGUUGAUCACAUUCCAAAAGCUGUUCAAGGUAAUGUAGGGCAGGUGCUGGACCAAAAGGAUGAGAGAGACAUGAAGUCAGAACUCUGCGCUGAUCUUCAGCUGAACCAGGUUAUAGACCGUAAUGUAGGGGAUUUGUCAGGAGGAGAGCUUCAGAGAUUUGCUAUUGCUGUUGUUGCUGUACAGAAUGCAGAAAUAUAUAUGUUUGAUGAACCUUCAAGUUACCUUGAUGUAAAACAGAGGCUUAAAGCUGCUCAAGUUGUCCGUUCUUUGCUCAGGCCUAAUAGCUAUGUAAUUGUUGUGGAGCAUGAUCUUAGCGUCCUGGAUUACUUGUCGGACUUCAUUUGCUGUUUAUAUGGGAAACCGGGAGCAUAUGGAGUUGUAACCCUUCCCUUCUCAGUCAGAGAAGGAAUCAAUAUCUUCUUGGCUGGAUUUGUUCCAACAGAAAAUUUACGUUUUCGGGAUGAAUCCCUUACCUUUAAGGUUGCUGAGACUCCACAAGAAAGUGCGGAGGAAAUUGAGACAUAUGCACGUUACAAAUACCCAACCAUGACCAAAACUCAAGGAAAUUUCAGGAUUCGUGUUGUUGAGGGUGAAUUUACUGAUUCUCAGAUUAUUGUGAUGCUGGGUGAGAAUGGGACUGGCAAAACAACAUUUAUCCGUAUGCUGGCUGGUUUACUGAAACCUGAUUCUGUAGAAGGUUCUGAUGUGGAGAUUCCUGAGUUUAAUGUUUCUUACAAGCCCCAGAAGAUCAGUCCGAAAUAUCCAUCCACUGUGCGGAACUUGCUAAUUUCAAAAAUACGUGAUUCAUACAUGCAUGCUCAGUUUGUGUCGGAUGUUAUGAAGCCUCUUCUUAUUGAACAAUUAAUGGAUCAAGAAGUUGUGAAUCUUUCUGGUGGAGAGUUGCAAAGAGUUGCAUUAUGCCUAUGCCUUGGGAAGCCUGCAGACAUUUAUCUGAUAGAUGAACCAAGUGCAUAUCUUGAUUCUGAGCAGCGUAUAGUUGCUUCAAAAGUCAUUAAGAGGUUUAUCCUUCAUGCAAAGAAAACUGCUUUCGUGGUUGAACAUGAUUUUAUAAUGGCAACUUAUCUGGCAGAUAGAGUUAUCGUGUAUGAGGGGAGGCCAUCGCUUGAUUGUAUUGCAAAUUCUCCACAGUCAUUGUUGACUGGGAUGAAUCUCUUCUUAUCUCAUUUGGAUAUCACAUUUAGAAGGGACCCAACUAAUUUCCGCCCUAGAAUCAACAAAUUGGAAUCAACCAAGGACAGGGAGCAGAAAUCUGCUGGGUCCUAUUAUUACCUGGAUGACUGACAAUUUUAAAUAGUUGCUUCUAUUUCAAAGUUUUAGUGCAUCGGUUUGAGCAGUGGGUUCUCAUUGAGCUAUUUAGAUAUGCGGGCAUCGGUUUGAGCAGUGGGAUCUCAAUAUGUUGACAAACGACAAGAUAUCCUCGCCGGUUGAAGGCAAAAUGUUGUACUUCUGGCUUAAAAUGAGUUUUCAGGCCAUGUUAUUUAUUGAUGUCAGUUUACUAUAUUUUCUCCUAUAGUGUGUUCACCAAUUUUGGUAUGACAUUAGGUUAGUGAAUCUGUAUGCCUAUUUUUCUUUUACCGCAUCAACGGUUGUAUUUAACUAGUUGAGGAACGGCGAAAAUGAUGUCAAUUGAGUUAUUGCUUCACAUGUUUUGACUUUUGUAAUUUCUGGGGUAAUAUUUAAAACAAUUCCACCAUA